GGAUCGGGAGCUCUAUCGCUCUGAUAAUAGAUUGCUUUCAUUUGGCCCGUUAGGCACUGCAGUCCAAGAUACAGAUGACGAAGACGAAGAGGAGGAGGAUGAGGAAGAAGAAGAAGAAAAGGAGGUGUUAGAUGAAGAAGCUCAGCUGAUGGCCAGCCUGGGUCUACCUCUAUCCUUUGUCAGUUCCUCUGAGCAGAAGGGAGUGGGGAGGAGGUCAAACAGGAAGUCAGCUACAUACUGGGCAGAACCAGCUGAAGAAGAGGAUGACCAAAAAGAUCUACAACCUGACAACAAAAUUGAUGUUGAAGUGUGUGAUCCACUGGAGGAAGGAACAGGAGGGAUCCAAGAUGCUGGCUGGGAAACCUACUGGGCUCAACAGGGUGAGGCUUUGCUGUGGAGCAGCUGGCUAGAGAAAUAUCCAGGAACAGUGACUGCUCCCUGGGACGACCCAGAUGCAAAAGCCGCUUGGGACAAACAUGCUGCAGGGACCUACUACUCCUACUGGGAACAGUACUCAUACUGGGCGGCACAGGGCUGGACCACUGACCAGUCCACUUGUAAUGGGAGCACUGGCGGAGAAGCAGCAGCAGCAGGGGUGAUGGACAGAGGCACAGAGACACGCCAAGAGGAAGGGAUGGAUGGACAGACCACAGCUGAGAGACAACAGAAAGAAGAAGUGGACGCUCUUCAUGAUGAUGUCGAGGUUUUGAACGAGCUGCUUGGACAGAAGUGCACACUGGAGGCUGGUGGGAGCUCUGUGACUGACGGACUGUGUGUGAGUGGGGCUGAUGUCAGAGAGCUCUGUGGCUCCGAUGAUCCUUCUGAUGGUGGGAAUGAUCGCAAGAGACCUGCUGCCUCCUCACAGCAAAACACAGCUGAACACACAGAUUCCCAGCAGGCUGCUGGUGGCCUUGACAGACAGUAUGGCUCAAGGAAUAAGAUGUCAAAUAGAGAUGAUGAGGAUGAUGAUGACGACAAACCCCCAGAAGGAGGACAUGCUAAAGUCAAACGCAGUCACGAGCUGGAUGUGGAGGAGAGCCCAAAUCUGACCCCUGAGGAAGCUUGGAGUAAACUAGGACUCAAACGCAACCCAGAGCCUCUGUAAGUCUGAUCAGUUAAAGCUGCUGCUGUCCCACCCCAGUGUCCACGGGAUCCAGUUGGUCUACAGCUCCUCUUAGCGUUAACUGGAAGUAUGUUAGAAAUGGAGCAUCCUCUAGCAGUCUGUUGUUCACCAGACACAUUUUUAUAUAACUUACAGUUGUUUUAUAGCAUGUCAGGUCAGUGAGACCAAGUGUGAACCUAUCCUGACAUCACCCACUGGUUUGUGGAGUACUGCAUUAUAGCCGUCACCGUGUUUGUUUUGGUGCCAGCGGACAGCAUACUGUGAGUUGAGCUGCUCUCAUUGGCUGUGCAGUUUCAACUCGUCCAUAGCAGGAAACACACUUCACCUGGUCACACACAAUCUCAUAUUCCAGACAAACAGUACACUAAAAUAUGUUUCUG